AGAGAGAGAGCUUGAGUGGAGAAAUAGGGAGUGGGAGAAAAGCUCUUCACACUAAGGCGGGCGGAGGGGCAGGAGAAGGUCGGCAGGAAGAGUGGGAAGACGGAGAAAGGAGUAAAUACGGACGGACAGCCGAAGAGCAACGAUCAGGGGCUGUUUAAAAGCGGAAGAAGGAAAAGGAGGGACCUUAGCUGGGACCUGCAGCCUGCCCCAUGGGUUAACAGGCCCCGGCUGCAGAGCCCAUUCUGGCAUCCAACGCGAGCAGCGUGAUGGAGAUCGAGUCUCACUACCGGCACCUCCUGCGGGAGCUGGACGCACAGAGGAGGAGCGGCAUCCUGUGUGACGUCAGCGUGGUAGUGGAGGGCCGCGUCUUCACUGCACACCGCAACGUGCUGCUGGGCAGCAGUCGUUACUUCAAGACGCUGUACGGCGGCCCAGGGGCGGAGCCAGUGACCGUCACACGGCUGGACAUCGUCACGGCGCGUGGCUUCGAGGCCAUCCUGGACUUCAUGUACUCCGCACGUUUGGCCCUCACCGGCGCCAAUGUCAUCGAAGUCAUGUCGGCGGCUAGCUACCUGCAGAUGACAGACAUUGUGCGGGCAUGUCACGCUUUCAUCCGUGCCGCCCUCGACAUCAGCCUGCGGCCCAAGCUGGUGGACGAGCCGUCCGAGUUCGAGGCGACUCCGGGCGGAGGCUCCUCCCCCUGGCGGGGACGCCGCACCAGCCCAGCCAACUCCUCGGGUGACUCCGCCAUUGCCAGCAGCCAUGAAGGUGGCAGCAUCUGCAGCAGAGAUGACCAGGGUCCCCAGAGCCAUGAGAGUAGGGAGGGGGCCUCCACACCGGCACUGUGGCCUGCUGACCCUCCCCCUAGUAGUCCUACUGAUGGGCGGCUCCCUGAGUGUGCAGAGCCGCACACGGGUGAGGAACAGCAGCCUUCCCGGUCUGGCCGGCGGAAGAAUCGCAAGAACAAAGACACAGUCCGGUACAUCGCACCACAGCCAGAGUCUGGGGACAGUCACUCGGGGUCUCCACUGCCCUCCACCCUGUCUGUGUCUGGCUGGAGCGGCAGCAAUCAAGGAUGUUCAGUGGCUGACGCUGCCGGGGAAGAUCACAACGGUCCAGGUGGCUAUGGUGACCACAAGGAGCCCCAUGAGGAGACGUGGCGCGCAGGGGUGUCAGAGAAGGCCAGCCUGCAGGUGGCGCUGUCUGGUAGGAGUGGCAUGCUGGCAGCACAUGCUGAGCUGCUAGAGGAGGAAGCCGGACUGCUGCUGGAGCACCUGCCUCACACGGGAGGCGGGUCUUCCGGCGACUUCGCAGUGGUCCGGAAGAAGUUCCGCUGCCCCUGUUGCAGCUUCUCCGCCAUGCACCAGUGCAUCCUGAAGAGGCACCUGCGCUCGCACACCGGCGAGCGGCCAUACCCCUGCGAGACGUGCGGCAAGACCUUUACGCGCCGGGAGCACAUGAAGAGGCAUACGCAGGUGCACAGUAAGGAUAAGAAGUAUACCUGCAAAGUGUGCAGCAGAGCCUUCGUGUGCGCAGCCAGCGUGGGCAUCCGGCAUGGCUCGCGCAGGCACGGCAUCUGCUCCGACUGCGCCAGGCCCGGCGGCUUGCGGGGGGAGCUGGUCACCCCCGAGCGAGCGGCCGGCGUCCGUGGAGGAAUGCCGCGCGACGGCAACGAGGAGGCCGCUUUGGGAAUGCUGGAGGACGAGAAGGAGGGCAGCGACUCGCAAGAGAUGGACGGAGAGACCCGUAGAGAGUCCCACUGGGCUUCUUAGUCCAGAUGAGCGUGUAAUAAACCCCAGAGGAAACGGCAACAUGCAGCGUUCGGCGACGGCGUUCCCGGUACGCUUGGGGGGCACCACUCUGAGCCCUAGGCAGCCCGUGGGCUGUCACGCCGGGGUGAUGGAAGCCGCCCCUCCCUCGGUGCGCCCGUGCUCAAAACCUACUUGAUCGGGCGGCUGCCGGGGGCAUCGGCUGGGUUUGGUGCUCCAGACUCGCCCGCAAGUCUGCCCUGCUCUAACGGGACACGCUCACUCUUACAUUCAUUCCAGAAUUACCACGUUAUAUAUUCACUCGCUCUGCAGACUCGGUGCGAUCCGAAGCGUAUACUUGUUUUUUUACAGUUUUGUUUUCAUAUAAGAAAAUAUUUAAUGAAACGAUUCAAGCUGAGUCCCCCCCCCCCUAAAGGUACAGCAUCUCCCUCCCUGAAAAUGGACUGACUGCAGCAGACUGAUUUAAUCUCCAGAUCCCUAACAGUUAUGCCACCUAUGGUCAUGUCUUUCAUAACCUUUCUGAAUGUAAUCUGUUAAUAUCUACAUAUGACAUAAACACAAGGAGCUGUUAUCGGGAGAGAAAGCAGCUCGACUUAAUGCAGGAUUAUUCACUGCAUCCCUGUUUCCCGAGUAGUACGACAAUCACUUUCCAUUAGUGAAGGAUCCCGUGCUCUUUAAACCGGGACGAGGGAGGAUGCCCUGCUCUGGCCCCGCUUGGCUCCUCGCCUCGCCCUGUGGCUUGGCCUGCCCGCACUGAUUCUUUAGGCACGCUCCAUUAGCAUCUAGCCACGGAGAGAAACAAGCACACAAAGCUGUUUGAGUUCGGCUGCAAAGUCGCCUCGCUGUUUUUAUGUUUUUCUGGGAUGUUUUGGAUGGAACUCUUGCUUUUAAAUAUAAUAUUGCUUUUAUUAUGAUAAAGUUCAAUUUUACUGUUUGUUCUUGGCAAUACAAAUGUUUAAUAUUUGUUUGGUGCGGCUGAGAGCUGGAUGCUAACUUUAGCACUCAUUUUUUUUUUAUAUAUCUAUAUAUAUAUAUAUAUAUAUAUAUAUACACACACAGUGAGAAUUUUUUAAAUAAUUGCUUUGUUGAAAACAAGCCGUGUGGCUAUGUUACUCACAAGGCUGCAGCUUUGUUGAUACAUGAUUUUAAAUGCUAACUUAUUUGCUAUAUAUCAUAUAUAAAGGAAUGAGUGUGUGUAUAUAUAAAAUAUAUAGCACAAUCUUCUAUACCAAAAAUCAAAUAUACAUUAUAACUCAUAUAAAGUCUUUUCUUUGGUCGACUAGCUAGUUUUAAGAUCAGAAUGUAAUUUGUUUCGCAUUGAAUGUGUUUUUUGCUGUUUAUGCUAUGUAGCCUAUAUACAAAUAAUUUUUCUAACGUGGAGCUUCUCAGUCUCGUGGGAUGCAGGGACUGACGUCCUGUUGUGAGUGUUUGUGCGCUUUCUUCGCAUGCUGAUCCACAGCUGCUCACCAGCGGACUUCCAAGACCGGGAUUCCUCCCGAACACGGGGGAAGACGAUUCAAAUCCUGCUGCCGCCCUGCUGCCGUGACGCCAUGACGCUACUGACAUAAAAGAUCAAACUGUUCAAGCCUCAGGGCCCCUUAGCAGCUCCGUAACGAUUGAGGCAUAAAGCGUUGAUGAUGCAGGAAAUGAGCUGUAAGAGCAGCGGUGGGCGGGGCUGCUGCUCUCUGUCAGUCUCUAUCUGCUUCUACAGCUUCCUCGCACUGCCUGUAUUAGUUUCCAUUUCCGUAGAAGACUGGGGAUUGACAGUAAUGCUCAAUAAUCUGCCGCCGUUGGACUGAUGGCCUGUGCUUGCUGAUGGCGUCGUGUUAAAGCUGUCCACUCAGGAUAGCCUACUGACCCAGCACGAAUCCUCUCUCACUAGCCACUGGCGGCCGAUAGAGGGUUUCCACACACAGGGCUUUUUAAAUGAACAAAACUAAACUUUAUAAUAAUAACACAGCAGUAGGGAAAUGGGGGGAGACAAUAUUGGGAAACGUGACAUUUUCACCCCAGAGAGAGUCGACUUAUGCAAACGCCCUGCGUACUUGUAGAAACUCACCAUGAAGUGCGUUUUCAUGGACAGUGGACGGCAGGAGGAAGUGUACCCCCCCCCCAACAACGCGCGCGCACACACACACUUUAUACCACUUCUUCGCUCUUGACUUCGUUUCAUCACAGAUUGAUAGCAUUAUCAGUCAACUUUCAGUGUUCCUCUCGUUUGGUAGGUGUGUGCGGGUCCUGCCUGUUCCUACAGGAAAAGGAGUGAAUUUCACAAUGGAACUCAGAUAGGCCUAUUUUAAUUAAAGAGCUGUAUAGGAAUGCAGCACAUUCAUUAUGAAACAUAUGGCAAUAAAUCGUCAUUAUUGUGAAACAUUUAAAUUAUACGAACAUUAUAAGAAUUGUGUAUGCAAAUUAGGGGACAUUUCCCAAUAUUGUCUAUAAUGUACAACACACAGUAUUGUAUAAUAUACAGUUUACUGUGCUCUUAAGGAAAAUUCAAAUAUACUAAAAUAUGCUGUAUGUUUUGCUAUGUAGUACACCGCCGCACAAACACUGCAUUUAAACGAAUUUUUACACCUGAAAAUUUCUUAUAAAUCUCGUUCUGUAAAGGAUAAAUAUGUGCAAGAAAUAACUAUUGGUGCAUUAAACUGAUUAUCAACUUCACAUAUAAAGCCAUAUAUACAGUAUGAGAGUUUUUAAAUUGUAGUUCAUUUUUUAAAAGCUAUAUUACUCUGGUUGGUUACCGAGUGCUGUCUUUUGUGUAUGCUUAUUUUACAUGAUCUCAUGAUGUAUUCUUCCAAAACGGCUGAUUUUUUUGAAUUGCCCUUCUAUUCCAGUGUAUUUCUCUGUACAAUGUGGACUUUGGUGUUGGGUAUGAAGCCGUCUUUUUGUACUUUAGUCUUUUUGAAAGCAGAGCCAGAAAAGCAGCGUGUUCUUAUUUUGUGGACUUGAUAUUACCAGAAACUUUUUCCUACUUUGUACAUGACGCGAGUACUUUUUUUUUUAUAGCUAUGCCUCUCUGCGCCACCUGUUGGUGGCAAUUAGCUUGACAAUGAAUUGCUAACCAAUCAUUCCCAAUAAAUAUGGAAAGUGCUGCUGGAAAAACCA